AUGGACAGUGUGAAAGUAGCUGUUCGAGUCAGACCAUUCAGUCAGAGAGAAAAGGAUGCCGGAAGUAGAUGUAUGAUCUCCAUGAACUCUAGCUGCACCUCCAUUUAUGAUCCAAAACAUCCAAAAAACAGGAAAACAUUCAAAUUUGACCUGGCUUACUGGUCACAUAGUGGUUUUGUAAAGACUAGAAAUGGAAUGCUUGUUGCAGACAGCCCUAGCAGCAGAUAUGCAGACCAGAAAAAGAUUUUCAAUGACAUUGGUCGAAGCUUGUUGGACAAUGCCUGGCAAGGUUAUAAUGCCACACUUCUAGCUUAUGGCCAAACUGGCUCAGGAAAGAGCUAUACCGUGAUUGGUUAUGGUGCUAACCAAGGACUUAUCCCAAUGAUAUGCAAAGAACUCUUCAAUACAAUUAACAACAACCAAGACAGAAACAGGCAGUACCAGGUGUCUUACAGUAUGCUGGAAAUUUACAAUGAACAGAUUAAAGGUUUGUUAUCAAAGACUAAGCAACCUGGUGGGUUGAAACUUCGGGAAGACCAGCAGACUGGAUUCUAUGUGGAAGGUUUGAAGUGUGUGCCUUGUGAGAACUAUGCUCAAAUUGAAAGUCUGAUGGUGCAGGGAACUAAAAUGAGGACUACAGCUGCCACCAACAUGAACAGCACAAGCAGUCGGUCUCACAUGGUGAUAACUAUUCAGUUUAAACAGAUAUUCUUGGAUGAGAAGAUUAGUAAGCAGUCUAACAUAACGCUGGUGGAUCUUGCGGGCAGUGAACGACAGAAAUCUUCAGGGUCUGAAGGAGACCGAUUAAGGGAAGGGACUUCUGUGAACCUUAGCCUUGCUACUCUGGGAAAUGUCAUCAGUGCACUGGCAGAAGCUGCUACAGGCAAGAAAGUACUGCACAUUCCUUAUAGAGACUCAGUCCUCACCAAGCUCUUACAGUCAGCCCUGGGAGGAAACAGCAGGACCGUCAUGAUUGCAGCUCUGAGCCCAGCAGACAUCUGCUAUGAAGAAACAUUGUCAUCAUUAAGAUAUGCUGAAAGGGCAAAGAAAAUAAGGAAUAAAGCUAUAGUUAAUGAGAGCCCAACAGAGAAAAUUGUUAAAGAGCUGAAGGCUGAAAAUGCUAGACUGCUUUCAAAACUGUCCAGGCUUGGAAAUUCAGAAAAACAAAUGGAAGAUGAAGCAAAAGACCUUCAGCGAUUAGUGGCUGAAAAUGAACUGCAAAUUCAGGCAGUUCAGACUUUCUGGGAAGAACGUCUCAAGGAAGCCCAGAAUGAAUGGGAGGAGCAGUGUGCUGCUAUUACUCAGGAACGGCACAUGAUACAAUUGUUUCCAUACAUCGUGAAUGUUAAUGAAGACCCUCAGCUUUCUGGAGUUGUGAAAUAUUUCAUUCAAAAAGGUGUAUGCAAAGUUGGACAGGAUCCAUCAUGUUCACCUUCAAUCAUUCUUAAAGGUUUAGGCAUUAUGAAUCAGCAUGCCACUUUUACAAAUUUGGAUGGCAUAGUUACAUUGGAACCAAGUGAUCAGGCAAAGGUCUAUGUUAAUGGAACACUUCUGAUCACCAAGGUUCGGCUUAAACAUUCGGAUCGAAUCAUUUUUGGAUCAAAUAGUACAUACCUUUAUACUGGUUUCCCAUGUGAGCGACUUGCAGAUAUUGACUUAGCCCAUUUUGAUUAUGACUUCUUCCAGUCUGAGAUGGCAACAGCAGAAGGAUUUGGUAUAGAAAAAAUGGGUGCUGUAAACAGUCAGAGUGGAAGCAGCAACCCCAGUGUACUGGCUGUAUUUCAUGAUUAUAUCAAGAUAAUGCCUUUAGUCAAGGAAGCUAAUCAGAUGAGCAAGGAGUUGAGAAAGGACCUGAAGUUUGAGAUAGAAGUGAAGAAUUUAGCAAUUUCUGACUCUCGGGGUCAUGAUCUAGAAAAGGAAAUUAUAGUGAAAGUCACCAAUCAAGUAACUAGCCAGGUAUGGGUGUGGUCAAAGGCCAAAUUUAUCAACAGAAAAUUCCUGAUGGAAGAACUCUAUCAGCACUAUCUGGAUGGAGAAUGUACCAGAGUGGACAAAGAGUAUGACCCUUUCUGGGACCCAGUAGAGGCCAUUUGUUUAGGAUCUGCCCAUGUCUGGUUGCAGCCGCUUGCGUACUGUAUAAAGGUGGAAGAACAGGUGGAGUUCCUUAACUGGGAAGGCAAGGUAGAAGCAGUCCUGCAAAUCCAUCUGAAUCCUUGCUCUUGCACAGGACAGCAUUUUGGAGAAGAUGACAUUGUGAUUGAUCCAACAGAAAUGCUGGAUAAAAGAUCUGAUUUCCAGAUUGAAAUCAGUCAGUGUCUUGGAGUAAGAUGGCUGCAAUAUAUCAAAGACCGUGGAGUUCAGAUUGGGUACUGUGUGUAUGACCAUCCUUGCAAGUUCUACACAGAUCCUGUCUGGAACAACCAGAAACCAAAGUUUAACCACAAGCUGCAUUUCACAGUGUUAAAUGUGUCACAAGACUAUCUGAACUACUUACAGACAAGUGCCUUAGUCGUUGAGCUGUGGGGUCUGCAAGAGGGAUGCAACGAUCUCAUUUGGUCUUCCCAAGACAUUAAAGUCACAGACAAAGGCAGUAUAAUUAUUGACAGCAAGCGAAGAACUCUUUCCAGUCAUUGCAAUUUGGCUACCAGUGAUAGCCAGAUCUGUGAACUAUACCUCAAGCUAUCGAAACUGGAGCAGGAGACAGAGUUUUUAAGAGAAGUGAACACAGCUUUAAAAGAAGAAAACACAUAUCUAAAGAAUUCACAGAAGAAAUUUAACACCACCAGGAAUGAAUCUGCAGGAUCUAAAAAGGAAUACAAGAUGUCCAAAGUGAAGGCUAGCAGUGGUAGCACACCAGUUUCUUUCUUACCAAAAGAUCAAAGUCAAAAGGAUGCCCAAGGGACCAGUUGUGAUGCACAAUUUGCCAAAGCUCUGAAGGUUUUCUACCAAAGUAUGACUAUAGUACAAGGACAGCUGCUAAGGCUGAGACGUCACAGACCACCAGAAGAUGACAACCUGAAGACACUACAACUAUUUACAGAAGAGCAAUCACAAAUGUUCAAAGAAUUUGGAAAGCAACUUGAUGCGUGUGUUUGCAGACUGAAAGCAGAUGUGUCUACCAUAGUAAAAAAGAAACGUGAAAGCAUGAGUAACGGGAAGAGCUAA